AUGAUAAACCUAUUUCAUAUAUCCAAAAGAUACAUAUAUUGGCCACCCAAAAAAAAAAUAAAAACAUUAAAGUUUCCAUCAGGUAAAAAAUGUUUUAUUUUCAUUGGAAAAAGAGAUGAAGAUGGCAAAGAAGAACCAGUCUUAUGUUUUGUUGACAACCAAAACCAUAAACUAACUUGGAUGAACGAGGAAGAAUUUUUAAAUUUCGAAAAGCUGAUCCCUAGGCUAGAUAGCUAUUUUUCCCUUUAUUUAGAAAAAGCCAAAAAAGUGAAAGAACAAAAUAUGUUAAUGGAAGAAGAAUAUAAAAAGUCCUUUCAUGAAUAA